AUCCACCUGCGCGAGCGAGCGAGCUAGUGGACUUCUGAUGCUACGGGAGACUGGCGAAAGAAGAGUGACCGUUAAACAUUACAAGUCGGGGGGAAAAGUUGUUUUUAUGCCCACACGUGUAACUAGAUUGUGGCUAAAAAGCAGAUCAAUGGAUUUCAGUAUCUUCUGCCUGUGUUUAAUCAAUGUUAUUCUCCUCGCAGGCUCAGCCUGUGGACUACAGAUCACCUCCACUGGCCCCACAUCCAUUGAGAAAGCCAGUGGAGAGACCGUGAAGCUGGACUGUCAGUUCACUCUCUCUGCCGAGGAUUCUGGGCCUCUGGACAUUGAGUGGAGCCUGCAGCCCUCUGACAACCAGAAAGAAGAGAAAGUGUUGAUUGUGUACUCAGGUGACAGAGCCUUUGAACACUAUUACGAACCUCUUAAAGGAAGAGUUCACUUCAACUCCCCUGACCCUAAAAACGGUGAUGCCUCCAUGAACAUCAUGGGUCUGAAAGCCACAGACACGGGCACCUAUCAGUGCAAGGUGAAGAAGGUUCCUGGCAUCGGCAGCAGGAAAUUCCUCCUUACCAUCAUGGUGCGCCCCUCUAAACCCAAAUGUUAUGCAGAGGGUCAGACUUAUGCUGGGAAAGAUAUGGUGUUGAGAUGUAGCUCUGUGGAGGGCACACAACCACUGCAGUACAUUUGGGAAAGAACCACAGGCAAUAAACUACUGCCGCCCCUGGCAGUCCUGGAUCCAGUCGGGGGCACCAUGAGUCUGAGAAACGCAACCGAGGCAGCUUCAGGAACGUACAAAUGUAUUGCUAAAAACCGUGUUGGAACAGAAGAGUGUUCGGUGGAGGUCAAUAUCACACAACCUCCUAACAAUGCCGGCACCAUCGCAGCUGUAGUAAUCUGCAUUCUGCUGUUUCUCAUUCUCCUCGCACUCCUCCUCUUCUGCUUCUGCCGUGCCCGCAACAAGAAGAAGUACGAGAAGGAGAUUGCCUAUGAGAUCAGAGAGGAUGUCCCUCCUCCAAAGAGCCGUGUUUCUACCGCACGCAGUUUCACCAGUGUGGGCAGCCAGCGCUCCUCUCUGGGCUCCAUGUCUCCCUCUAACCUGCACGAGUACACCAAGACCCAGUAUGACAAGAUACCCUCUGAAGAGUACGAGAAGCCCCCUGGUCAAGCUCCUAUUCCCGCACCCAGCAGAAUGGCCGGCCCCAACCUGAGCCGGAUGGGGGCCAUCGCUGUCAUGAUCCCUGCCCAGAACAGGGAUGGUUCCAUUGUGUAAAGCUGAACUGGGAUCAUUCUCCACACAUUUUGACUGUCACUAUUUUAUUAAUUGUUCCAGUGGGAUUUGUGAAGGAGCAAAUAAAGGUCUCUGCAGAGAUCGCAGUGAGUUGAACUCAGCUCGUACCAUCUCUGAUAAUACAAAUUGACUUACAGACCUUCAACAGAUGUUAAAAAAAACUUUAUUCAAUGGGAUGUGGAAAGGUGACUUAUUCGCCUGCUAUUGUUUUGUUUUUUUUAAAUAGAGGCCCCUGUAGAAUAUAAGAAACUUGAAUUGUUUUCCUAUUAAAUGUUCUUCAGAGAUUAAAUUAAACCCAUUGAACUAAAUGAAAUGCAUGUAGUACUACCUAUAGCUCUUGGUUUUAGAUGAGAACUCCCAAGCUAUUUGUUAUUCUUUUUGCUGAUUUAUCAAUUUGCAACAUUUUAACAUUUUUAGGCACUUUUAAAUCACUUCUCUAUGACAGUUAUCUCUUUAUGCUACAAAAGCCUGGAAACAUUUACUCAAAGGUCUGUGGAAAGUAUGUGGGUUUGUUUUGGUUUCUGGAUGAUAUUGUUUUUAAAAAGAUAAGAGUUUGUUUAGCUUGAAAAUGUACAUGUGAUGUGUAUAUAUGAACAUGAGAUUGUUUUAUGUGUAAAUGAGCUAAUACUGGAAUUUGUAAACUGCUUUGAACUUAUUAUUUUUUUGGACCAUUUGGCAGUUGUAAACCCCCAUCGGUACAUGUCGGAGUGGUUCAUGUUCAAGUCUCUGAUUGGUUGUCUGCUUAUAGAUUUUCAAAAGUCUUUUGAAUGUUUAUGAAUAUUGUAUUGAUUAGGAUUAGUCUUAACACUCUCAAGUCACCAUAUCAACCACCGUGAGUGUCAUCAUUCUUGAGGAAAUAGUCUUUCUUGUCGUUUGGGUUACUGUGUGUCAUCCCGCAGGGUCACUUUUAACGUUCACACUGUGCCUUUUUUAACUUUGGGUGUAAUGAGCUGGUGUCACUGGUGGGUCCAUGUCAACAGUAAAUAACACAUGAAUGAUUACAAAACAAUCAUAAUUUGAAGUACAUUUUGAUUGACAUGCUGUGUGUCUGUUAUAUACAUAUAGCAGCCUUUUCAUGAUCUGCUUGUCUUUUGACCAGGGUUCCAAUUGAAUGUGUAAAUAUAUUUGCUGUAAUGUUGGGUGUGAUUUGAUUGAAUUUGUCUUUAUGGCUGUUGGCACUCAAGCCAUGAAUAUGAUCAAGGACAAGAGGAUGAUCAGGCUAAUCAUCCACAGUCUGGCUAAGGUAUUAUUAACAUUUAUUAUACAUAUGUUGUCAUUACCCAAAAGCACGUGCACUUGUAAUUUCCCUGGCUUUUAUUUAUUAAGCUUGUAAGGUGCAGUUACAGGAUCAGUUCAUCUUGUUUAAACAUGGAGGCUUAUCGCUUAUGCCAGUGUAAACAAGGAAAGCUGAUCUUUGAUCAGCAAACCUUAACUGCUGCGUGAUUCGACUUUCUUGAACCAAAUCAUCUGUUUUCUGUUUGGAUGGAGCCCAGUUGGUAUUUCAUAACAGUAGAGGUUAGGCCGGUUCUCUGUACAGUGCCAUUUAAAGAGAUGGAUACUCUCCUUACUAAUAAGAGACAACCAAUGAUUAUUAACUGUAGAUGUUUUCUUUAAAAAACUGUGUACUAAUAUUACAUUAACUUUUUUUCUUCCUGUUUGUUUGGUUUGCACAUCAUGUAUAAACCUCAUUUUAUUUUUGUUUGCUUUUUGUGAUGUAUUUUUGAAUAAAAAUGAAACCAUUGUUCUACA